AGUGGCCCCCUCUCGACGUCGGAUGCGGAGCAGCGCAGCUCGGAGGGCGGCGUGUGGGCUGCCCCGGCCUCCGCUCCAGCUUGGCCGGGGGCGCGGGCGUGGAGAGGGGCCCCGCGAGGCUGGCGCUCGAUGCACCCGCUUCCCGGCGCCGGGACGGACAGGCAGAGGCCGCGGAUCGACGGGCGCCUCUCCUAGCGGGCCAUGGGUAAGUGGGCAGGAGGGACGGAGGGCAGCGGCUGCCGCGCGGCUUGCGGGGAGGUUUGGGCGAGGCAGGAGCGCUUUCGCCUAGAGAGCCAGGAGCCGCCUUUCUCUCCAGGCCGCCGCUUUGGGCUUAGGAAGCGGCCGCGCCGCAGCGCCGCUAUCUCCCGGCCGGGAUCCACCGGCCGGCCCUGUUCCAUCCUGGCCCGCAGGCUACUUCCCGCCGGCCUCAGCCAGACGUCUCUGGAAAUCCGGCUUCUCCCUCAGCAUCGAGUGCGUCUGCUAGUCCGUGGUAGAUUGCCCCUGCAUUCGGAGGUUCUAAUUUGCUAUAAUGGCCAAUAUCCUCCAUUAAGCCCUCGACUGCUCCCUAUGUAGAUGUCUCCAUUCCUCUUUUUAAAAAAAAAAAAAAAAUGGUGGCAGGGAGUUCCAGUACUUACACCCUGAAAUAUUUUAGUCGGUCUCAAGCUUUCGCGUUCAGAGACGUUUCGUUAUAAAAGAAAUGCCUUUCCUUCCGCGUGGAAUGAGGAGGGGUUCCAUUUCCUGAUGCUGAAGGAGUAAGUGAUCGUUGCCCAGGACAGCUUUGCCUGGAACAAUUAUAAUACCACAUUUUAUUUUUAGAAGAGGGUGCUGCUCCCUCAGCCAAGUCCCAACAGGCAGCUCUCCUCCAUCCGUGGCCACAAUCGCAAGAAUUUAGCGCUUUCUCCCCUCCUCUCUUCCCCUCCCUCCUCCCCGGUUGCCUCUAGAGCAAACGUACGGCGAAGUGAACCAGCUGGGCGGCGUCUUUGUCAACGGGAGGCCGCUGCCCAACGCCAUUCGCUUGCGGAUCGUGGAGCUGGCGCAGCUGGGCAUCCGGCCGUGCGACAUCAGCCGGCAGUUGCGCGUCUCGCACGGCUGCGUGAGCAAGAUCCUGGCGCGCUACAACGAGACCGGCUCCAUCCUCCCCGGCGCCAUCGGCGGGAGCAAGCCCAGGGUCACCACGCCCAACGUCGUGAAGCACAUCCGAGACUACAAGCAGGGCGACCCGGGCAUCUUCGCGUGGGAGAUCCGCGACCGGCUGCUGGCGGACGGCGUCUGCGACAAGUACAACGUGCCUUCGGUGAGCUCCAUCAGCAGGAUCCUGAGGAACAAGAUCGGCAACCUUUCGCAGCCCGGAGGAGCCUACGACGCCGGCAGUGGCGGCUGCAAGCAACCUGCCCCGCAGCCCACCCUGCCCUACAACCACAUCUAUCAGUAUCCUUACCCCGGCGCUGCGCCAUCCGCCGGCACCAAGAUGGGCAGCCACCCCGGAGCGCCCGUCUCCGCCGCCCACGUCAGCCUCCCGCGCUCCUGGCCGUCGGCUCACUCAGUCAGCAACAUCCUGGGCAUCCGCACCUUCAUGGAGCAGAGCGGUGAGUGGGUCGGGGUGGGUCGGGGAUGCAUUCUUGCACCCGGCGCGGCGGAGCUGUUGUUACUCUCCAUCGGGGCGCAUGGAGCUUCUUGAAGGGCGACAAAGAUCGUUUGCUGCCCCGAGGACACUACAGUGUAAAACAGGGCUUGGGAGAGGCAACAGAGGGAGGGAAAGGCGGACAGUUCAGUAAAUGUAGGGCCUAUUUAAAGACUAAGCAAUUGUGCUUAAGGGGUUGUUGGUUUUUGUAAAUGCAAAAACUGUUGAGGAUGUGUGCGUGAAAAAAGUGAAGGGGGGAGGGAGAGAGAAGCCUCCAACCAAAGAAAAAGUUUCUCCUUUUAAACUAUUAUUUUAUUUAAUUUCAUCGUUUUAAGUCUGGACAUAAAAACAAACAAACAAGUCCCACUGAAUUCAAUGGGGUUUUUACACGUUUUUUCCAAAAAAUAAGGUGUACAUAGGAUUGCAGAUUUAGUAUACAACAAUGGAUGCCCAUUCUGAUCUUAUGGCUCUUCAUCACAAUCUCCUGAGGCAGUUUAGAUCUGUGAUGGGCAGCUGAAGGUCGUGGAAGCCAGAGGGGUCUGUAUGCAGCAAUUUGAUCGGGUCCCCGCGAAGCUUCUCCAAACUUGGACCAGAGUGAGGGCGUGCUGGAAACAAGCUUGUUUCCCGAAGAAAGGAGAGAGAACUGUACAGCAGUCAGUGUUAGUUCUUCUUCGCAGUUAGGGAGCAGGUGCCCUGCGAGGCCCUUAGGGUAGCUUGCAUGGCCCGCCACCUCUGGCAGAGGAAGGAUCGAACUGUGUAGUUGUGGCGCCAUUUCGCUGUGAGGUGUAUGAAGCUGGUGAGGGAGACAGUGUCUCAGCAACCCUUAAAGAUCCCUUAAAGUUUGAAUAUAUUCAAGACCUUCGUGACAAAAGAAGGCAGCGUAUUUACAAGCCUUGCCCACGGUUUCACGUUUAUUACUUACCAAGAAUUAUAGCAGGUUUCUCAACACGGGUCAGACAGGUUUUGUUUUUGUUUGUCCUGUGAUAAGCAAAAGGUUUUGUGCCUUUGGCAUGACUCCCUUCUGUCACUCUGUCGAAAGCCAUGUACAGAACUCCUGGGUUCUCCUCUGACCUUUCUAAAUGACACCCCUGGAUGUGGCAAAAUAUACUCCCCCCACCCCCACCCCCGCUCUCUCCAGUACAGAAGUCGCCUAUCCUUGCUUUGUGCUGAGAGCGGCUAGCGAUUUGCUCGAGGGUCUUUUUCAUAGCUGAGCCGGGAUUUGAAGGAGAUGCGCCCACGUCUCAACGCGCCACAUGUUAAUAUCUCCUGCACCUCGUUACUGGAAGCCCAGAGGCGCCCUGGAAGCCGCUGCUGCAAGAACCCUGAGGGCCAGAAUUCAGCAGACAGAACUCCGGCUGUUGUUGCAAAGAGGGCCCGGACAUCUUGAACUUCUUAUGAAAAAAUGUGGAAAAUAUUUUCGUAGCGAUGAUAGAUUGCCAACCGCAAGCUCGGAGCCCUUAUACUGUUCCCCUUCCUUUUUUAUUUAAGAGAAAAGAAAAGAAAAAAUGGACCCAGCAAGUUCGUUUCGUGAUUACCUUUUUUUUUCCAAAUAUCAAAUGUGGGAGAGGGGUUUUCUCCCCCUUCCUCCUAAAAUGUUCACUCGCCUUCCGGUUGAGAAAGCCUCGUUGAUUUAUUCCAGCGCUUCUCACUGAGAGUUUACUUAUUUUCUAGAACUUCAGGAGAUCCAAACGACCCACAGACUCAUUGUUAGAAGGAAGAGGCAGCAAAUUAUUUGGAAUAUUGUAUUUUUAGGCUCUGGUUCUCUUCUACGAUUUGUUACUACGUUUCAUUACGAGGAAACCGUGUUCUCUCACUUUUUUUAAAAAAAAGGUUAAGACUUUAUGUGGGAGAGAAUGUUCCACUUUGCGGAUAUAAAAUUCAGCCAGUCACAGACGUAUAGAAGUUAUUCGUUCUUAAUGGAAUAAUUCAUCUUUCAAGUGCAUUUACAGGUUGCUUUGUUAAAAAAGGGGGGGAGGAAAGAGGCAUCCCACCCACUCCCUGUUUCAAACUAUAGGUAUUCAGGAGCACCUCUAUCUGGUUUCAGCCCCAUAUAAUUAAUGGGUCUCUAUGCGCCAGGUAACGCAUUCCAAAGACACAAAUCCUUUUACUCUAAAGGAGGUGCCCGCUUCUCCUGAGUCUGUAACAGUUCUACUGAACUGAACUAUAAAGCAAGGAGUCCCAAAUGCUUUAAAAAUAUAUGUUCCCCCAGUUUAACAUUGAAUGUACCGAAGAGCAGGCGGUAGGAAAUUGCUGAACCUUGUCCUGCUCACUGAACAACUCCCCCCGCCCCAUCCUACAAUCUGAAAUGGGCCUCCUGAAGGAUAAGGGAGCCAAAAACCGGUCCGUGUAAAUGGAAUAGGCAUGGAGGUGGAAGAUAUGUUUCAGAUGAAAUGUUGGCAAAAGCUGUUUGCAAUUUAAGGCUCGCAAUUUCUUCUAUAUGUUUCCCCUUCGGAUCACCCUCGUUUGUAACCUUGCGUUUUACGCGACGUUCAGAGCCGAUCGGUUGAGCAGCUUGCCUGUAAAACACCGAGAGCCCCCCGUGUCUUCCGAAAGCUCAGCUCCCCUGGCCUCCCCAGUCCGCCAGAAUUUAUUCUCGAAGCCCUUCCCACCCAAACAGAGGCUGCAGCGGCGAUGCUGGGAACGAGCGCUUCAUAAAUAAAUCUGGAUUGCGUUUGUUGUUAGCUUCUUUUACGAGGCUGUUGCACUACAGUUAGGGGCGAAAUAAAAAGAAGUCUGGAAUAAUCCUUUACUGGCACAGGAAAGACUGAGAACUGAAUCAAACGACGUUUGGGGUCUUCCUCGGAGGCUGUCCUUUCCCCCGGGGACACUUCACCGAGCCAGCCUGCUCGGAGGGCACAGCUCAUCUGUCCUGAGAGUUAAUAUUCCCCCCCAUCUAUUUCUUUCCCAUCCCAGGCGCUCUGGCUGGGACAGAUGGCUCUGCCUACCCUCCCAAACUAGAAGACUGGCCCAGUGUGAACAGGACCACCUUCCCUGCUGCCGGACAAGGUGUCGGCGCGCUUGACAAAUCAGCAGCGGAAGCAGACAUUAAAUACCCCCAGGUAACAGCACGGCCAGCCGGGAAUUCAAUGGCAGAGACGGGCUGGGUGGGGGAAGAAGCUAAAAAAGUACGGUAAGCACGAUGAUGAUCAUCCCUUCCUGCGCGAUGGGCAGAAUGUCAAUGUUCAGUUGUGCGUUUACUCAUGUAAGAUCUGUGGAUCUCUGGAAAAUACACGAUAUCUAUGGCCGAAAAUGCUGUAAGCAGGUAUUAAAAAGAGAGUCUGAAAACACCCCCCACCCCCACCCCUGUUUAUAAACCAUCUGACUUUAUAUCUAAAGAACACACAGAUGGAGAAUCCAGAGAAGAGAAACAUUCUCUCUCUCUCCGCGUGUGUGACAUAGAAGAAGCUUCUAUGGCCACUAAAUCUUUCUAAAAGCAAACCGCCCUUUCGAAUGUAUUAUUGUCACAAACCCUUUCUUUGCCUCACAUGGUAAAUUUGCAUUUCUAUUUUACUUUAUUUCCUUGCUUUAGGCACAGAAAACUUUUGACACUUUCUACUCAGAUCUGGUCACCACAGUAUUUAUUUUCUUUUAAAAAUCUUACUAUUCGUUUAGAACCCUACAGCAACACACAUUUUGCACAUAGGUUUUCAUGAAGUUACCUGCGUUUAGUUAUGUAAAUUUCGCGGGAGCAAACACUUCUUUGAAAAGCUAACUAUCUGCGCGCUUGUCCUACUUUCUGCGCUUAAGAAAGGGAGGAUUCCAGAACGAGAUGCGCGUCCUCCUUAAACAGGGAGAACAGAGCUUAUCUCUCUUUUUGUGCAGGCGUUUUUGCACGCUUUAGACUCGUUGCAGUUUCCUGUCGCUUACUUGGAAGUGAACGGCAUUGCUAAUCCAUUUUGAUUUACUUCCAAGACAAUGUUUAGAAUCCUGUCUUUUCGUAGGCGCCGCCAUCUACUAUUUUCUCUUUCUGUUGUUCUCAGCCGCCCCCCGGGCUCUCAGCUGUCAGUACCUUCCUGUCCCCUUGCGCCUACCCGUCUUCAAACCAAGCAGUCUACGGCGGGCCGGGAGGAAGCUACCUAAGUCCGGCGCAUCAUCACUGGCAGACGCCAGGCAAUCCCUUGGCUCAUCACCACGGGCCCGGCGUGGCCAUAUACGGGGGAGACCCGGCUCCCACAGCGGCCUUCAAGCAUCCCACCCGAGAAGGUAGGGAAAGGGGAAGGGCGGCCCCCGGCUUGCCUGCGCGGUGGUGGGAGAAAGGCAGCUGAGGGAACAGGGGCACCUGCCCUCUGGCCAUGUCCUGCUAGCUAGGGGUGGUGGGAGUUGCAGUCCGAUAACAGCUGGGACCCACAUUUGAGAAACACCGCAUUGUAACCCCAACACACACUCAGCUGGUGGGUGGGAAACCCCAUGGAAAACAGUGGGAUUUAUUUCCACGGAAGAUCCGGGCUGCGCGCGCCUCUAACCGGAAUCUGUUCAUGUAACCUGGGCUGCCUGGUUCAAGGGCAGCUGCCUCCUUGCCUGGCCUCUGACUUGGCUACUCCCUUCCCAUUCUUUGCUGGCCCAGUUUCCUUAAGGAGGCGUCUCCACCCUCCAGCCACGGAGCUGGCGGCCAGGCCAACGAACCUCUUUUUCCGAAGGCGGAGAGGGAAGAAUUAGUAGGUGCCACGGAGAGGAAUAAUUUCCUGCGCAUUCAAAAGGGAUGCGGGUGGGGGAUAGUUAAGGCCAAAGCACCCCCCCCCCUGUAUUGGUAGGAAAUGUCACGGGGAGAGACUCGAGGCUGGGUCACGUGGAGGAGCGAGAAAAAGAGACCUCGGGGGUUUCCUGCCUGUCACUGCUGUCCUCGCUGGAGAGAGACCCGCUCUUGAGUCUGCCUCGGGCUGCCGUGUCUCUUCAGGCAUCUGUAGGAGCUAAAUCAUCGGGCGGGGGUGCUUUCCGGGUGGGAAAAGAAUCUCCAUCCUGCCAAAAUAUUUUCUUUCCCCUUGCAUCCCUUCGCCCCGGUACAAAGCUAUUCCAGCGCCUUUCCUAUAGCUGUACCUUUUAUUUUCCUUAUAAUCCAUUGUGCGCAGUCACUAACUGUGUGUGGUCCCUUUUCCCAGCAUUAGCUCGAAGUGGGCGCCAUUUAAGCCUGGCGCAAUUAUUGACAAUGAUUGACGACGCUAAACUGGUGCGUCAUGCGUGCGUGAAAGUGGCCGGGAAGGGUUAGAUGUUUUAAAAAGUUAAAAUAAAGAAGGGAAGUAGCGAUAAUUUUCUGAGCGAGGGCAGAGUUCGGAUUUUCUGCUUUUUCCUUUGUAAAUUUUUGUGACAGCGUAUCCUUACUAACUUAGAACAUGACUGUGUCAAAAGUAUGCACUAGUAAUAAUGCUCAUUCAGUUAAGACGCCUAUUGCAAUCACUGGGACUUGUCUGGUAAGAACCUAAGCACGUUUACUCAGAGCUCAGCACCACUGAAUUCAAUGAGACUUACUUCCUGGUAUGAAUAGUACUAUCUUAAGACGGUAGACAAAAAGGCAGUUUUGUUCUGUGAUGUUGUGACAUUUGUUUCAUGAAAAUAUCAGGAAAGAGCCCACCAAAAAUGAAAGUUUUUUAAAAAUAAAGCCCUACAGCUCCCUCCUCAGUAGACCACGUAGACGUUUCCAAACUUACUUUUAUAUAGUAAUUCAGAUAUUUUACAAAGCCUGCCAGUCAAACAGAAAGUAAGAAAUACCUCUUAACUCGAAAAAUAUGCCUUCCAUUCCCCCUCCUCUCUCUUUAGGUGUCAGUUCAUAAAAUAAAAUAAAAUGAGCAGUUCUGGAAAAACCAUCCAGGGUUUUAGUAAUCAUCCUUUGAGUGAAAGUAGUAUUUGCAUAUUUUUCUUGCAGGCGAUGGAACAGAAAAUAAAUGGGUCAGGAAUAUACUAUGAGCCAGAGCGCACACUUCCACGCAGAGACGUGACAGAGAUUAAUUUUAUUUGAGAGAAAUAAUAAUUUCAGUACCAUAGGCAAUCAUUUUAUGGAAGCAGUUGACCAUAAAUCUUGAUAGGGAGCAAGUCCGUUUUCUGAAGCAAUAAAGAGAAGCAUUACACGAGGCGUUAUAGGUUUAAGUAAGUCUAAUUGUUCUCUCUUUCUCUUUUAAAUAAACUAAGAAGUUUUAAUUAAUUAACCUAUUCAUUGCAAGACUUGAUUUUAAAGUCUGCAAAUACAACAAAAUGACUUAUAUUUUAAACACCGCUUCGUUUUCUUACUUCCCCAAUUUUCUGGUGCACUAUCUAACUUUAAGAAUAAAACGCUUACUGGGAAUUGGAUCCUACUCAGAGAUUAACUUUUGAAUAGACGUGAUUAGGACUGGACUGUAAAUAAUACUGAGCCAUUUCCCCCCAGCGAAUUUCUAGUUACUUGGUCCAGUUCACAUGCACUGAAACCAACAACAAAAUUGCUGUUGAUUUGGACUGAGCUAUGUUGAAUCCUUAUCCAAAAGAUACCAGUUGUUUCAGCCUUUUUAAAUAUAUGACCGAAUGAUCCGUCGGAAAUCGAGCCAUACUCAAGUGAAUUGUUGUCCAUUUAGGGUGGCGCUGUGGUCUAAACCACAGAGCCUAGGACUUGCCAAUCAGAAGGUCGGCGGUUCCAAUCCCUGCAAUGGGGUGAGGCCCUUUGCUCGGUCCCUGCUCCUGCUAACCUAGCAGUUGGAAAGCACAUCAAAGUGCAAGUAGGUCAAUAGGUACCGCUCAGGCAGGAAGGUAAAUGGCGUUUCCGUGUGCUGCUCCUGUUCGCCAGAAGCGGCUUAGUCAUGCUGGCCACAUGACCCUGAAAAACUGCCUGCGGACAAACCCCGGCUCCCACGGCCAGUAAAGCCAGAGGAGCGCCGCAAUCUCAGAGUCGUCGGCGACUGUACCUUAAGGUCAGGGGUACCUUUACCUUUAGGGAUAUUUCAUGGCACAUAUAGUGGCCAGAUUCGUCUGGUCUUUCCAAAUGCACCAUGUUUCACAAACUAGCGGGAAUCAAGUAUUUUAGAAGAACUGUUACCUCCCCCAAGUCCUUUCUCUCUUGUCUGUAAUAAAAGCGUGAAUUAAAAAAAAAGAAAAACACAAGAGUGUAUUUUACAGUGGAAACCGGCGUUUCUGCUUUCCUUUUGCUGAACAUGCAGUGUUAGGCUGCGAUCCUAAACACUGGAAUCCGUGGGUUUAGGAUUGUGGUGUUACUGUUCUACGCUGCCUAAUGAGAAACAGGCGCGCCCUUUUAGCCUUUGACUGUCCUUUAACAAAACCGGCCUCUAUCGCAGUGGCUAAACCGAUAUUUUCUGCUAAACAGAGUCGAGACUACCUUUUUUAAUGUCUUAGACCUGAGGCGGUUGUUUUCUUACGUGGCCCCUAGACAGAUGGUUUCUUUUCAGAGUUUCUUGUCUUAUGCCCCGUUAAUACUUCUUUACUCUCGGCAAAAGUUGGAGUCAAUGCCUACGGAAUAGACGCGGCUCCCCUUUUCUUUUUAAAUGCGGCAGGUGGAGAGGAGCCCAGUAAGUCAAGCCAAAGUCUGUGUCUCUGAGAUGCAACGUUUACAAGGCACGACUGUUGCUAUAGUUUGGUAAUGGAAUCGCCACUUCUGGUUUAAAUCUCGCCUAUAUCACGAACUCAUUCUAUUGCCUAAAGCAAGCUGCAUUUGCCCCAGCCUCACCCCCCUCUGCCCUCUGGAAUUUGGGGGUGACCGUGAUUUACCUUACAGGUAAGGACGGCAGGAUGAAAGUCGUGAAGCGCUCUAGGCGCUCUAAGCACAGCAUAAGCUGUUGUCGCUCUUACUAUUUAUUCUCAAAGUUGCUGCCGCCAAAGUCUGAGAAUUCCAACUGGGAACAUGCAAGGAGGAAUUGGUGCACUUCGGUAUGAAAUGCAGGUUCUAAAACCUAUGCAGCCUCUUGGCUCACCGGUUUUUUGUUUUGCUUUUAAUUACAGAAAUAAAGUCACUUUCUGGUUAGUUUCGAAGCUGGAGUCAAGCUGCCUCUGUCCUUGCCAGCCUGACAUCCACAAAUCAUUUAAGCCAGAGUGCCUCAGUCCUAGCUAUCUUUGGGGGCACUUGGACUCUAAUCGCCCACGGUACACGUGUCAUCAGCAAACUCUUGUUCAAACCCUGCUCCGUCCCAAUCACGUAUAAGGAGUGGGUUGCGCCCGAUGAUUAGAGCGCCGUAGGAGGGGGUCGUGUAUCCUCCGCUCUUACUUGACUCCCCACCUGCCUUUCCCCCUCCCUCACUUACCAAACCGGAAAUAAGAAACGCGCUUGGGAAAAGAAGAGGCUGCGGGGACCGAAGUGGCUCGGAGUGGAGUUCAGCUUCUCAGCACGUGACCUCCUUGUGCUAAAAUCCGCGACCCAGCCCAGCUGUAUAGGUGCCUGAGGCAGAACCCCGUCUAGACCCGCAGGGAACCUCUCCUGCAUAAGAUGAGUACAGCGCAAGAGAAGGAUGCCUUGCGCAGAGGCUUCUAGCGCCGCUGCGGAAGAGCUGUCUUGCCAGGGCUGUUCCACUGGCUUCUGCGGUGGUUCUCCAGGGGUGUGGCAGGAGAGGAUAGCAAGUGUGGCAAGAAGAUUCAGAGACAAUCAAAGAAACAGUUAAACUUUUCAGUGCAGUAUAGUAGAGUAUCAUUUUGAUUUUUAAUUUGCAUGAUAUGAAUAUAUACAUUUUCAAAAUGAGAGCACGAACACUGGCUAUUCUUCUAUAGCUCUCCAUGACAUAUUGUUGUGAACAGGGAUUUCAACUCCGACAAAUAUGAAAGAUCAGAAAAGGGAAAGGUUUCUUUGUGUUGAUGAAAAGAUGAGAGUUUGUCUCAAACUAUACCUAGAUAAAUGAGAUUACCUGGCAAAACCAAGCUCAUUCCUCAUAUUGAGUUUGCAUGUAUACUUAAGGUACAUCUGAAAGAGGCUGGUUUAUAAUUUUAUUUGGGAAGGAUUUGCGUUUUAUACUUUAUGGAUGCCCCAUGAUCAUAUUAUAAACUAGUUAUAAACUAGGUUAUAAAUCAAGUGCUGCUAGGAGUUGUUUCUUUUGAUUUUCAUAUGUAUUUCUUAUCAAUAAAAAAAUUCGGUGUGGCAAAAGCAAAUUUUUAUUUUGAAAGUGUGGCCCAGAGAUAAAAGUUUGAGAACCACUAAAUUGUUUCCACAUGUGAGUUUUGGUUCUGGGGAUUUUUGUUGAAACAAAAAGUGCUUCAUAUUUGGGGGUAGGGUUGUUGCACAAGACUUGAUUUUUUAAAACACACACAUUUAAAACAACAGGCACAAGAAUAUGUUCACAUUAUCUUAUUUCAGUUUAGUUUAUCAUUGUGUUAAGGCAUAUCACCACCUUAAACUAUUUGUUUGUAAGUUUUCAUUGUGGUUUAUGUUUCUAGCGCAUUUAAGCACUGAGAUCAAUAGCACUUCUAAUACUAAUUAAAUAUUUACUUCUAAUUUGGGAAAGGGAGUGCAAGCAGUGGGCAGCUGCAGUCUUAAACAAAAUUACUUGGAAGCAAUCUGGUUCCCAUAAAAGGAGCAGACCUUAAUUCCAAGUAAAUGCAUUUAGAAAAUGGCUAUGCAAAGGUACAGAAGGUAUUAAGCACAGGUGUGUAGGGUAUCCUGGGUACUUCUUAUCCUCUGCCAAAAGUAGGCCAGGUUUCAAGUGCUGAAUUUAUUGCAGCUCCCCUGAAAGCAUCUGCUUCUCUUUUUAUUGUGUUGCUGAGUGAAGGGAUCCAUCUGCAGAAUGCAGAAUAAUGGACCCAGUUUAGGAACAUAGAAUUAGAUUGCAUGUCAAAGGGUUUGUUGUUGUUGUUGCUCAUAUUGCACCUUGCCUCUUCCUCCUUCCAAUCUACCUUUGGUGGUGGUUUUUUUAAAAAAAUCAUAUAUUAAAUACUUAUAAAUAAGCAUUUUACAGAGUCAAAGACUGGUUCCUACCCAUUUAGCAAGCAAAUGCCAAUGAAAGACACACAUGGGAGUGGGGAGAGACAAGAAAGGGAAGAGGAAUCAGACAGUAGUACGAAUGUGAACACAUUUAGUUACAUCCAUUUAACCCUUUCUUUUGGGUAGGUAUGAGAAGGAGACGGUUAAUGGGUGUGAUAUGAGGCCUGUUUUGAGAAAAGAGAUUGUACAAUUUUCUAUGUGACGUUGUGGGUGUUGCUACAGGGACAAGUUUUUCUGUGCACAUUCUUUUUCUAAUGAGCGGGAGCAGUGUGCUUGUAUGAUAGCGUGUUCCAAUCCAGGUCCCUGAUAUUUCCAUGUUUAAGAUAUGCUUUGGUGUUUUGGGAUUGUCAGGUGUAGCAGAAUACUCUUUGAUCAUGUUCACACAUGCAUGUUCAUUAGCUGCAGUCAAGUGGUGACUUCCAUGUGUGAAUGACUUGCCACAGAUCAUAGAAGCAAAAGAGGUUUCAUAUCAGCUCACAUAACUUUUCAGUGGAGGCAAAUCACACAGCCAGCUGACAGUUCUAGAUAGCAAGCCCUGUGCAAUGAGGUGACGGGAGAUCAAGUGACACGUGUGAAAGGACUCCUUUUGUAAAUAUAUAUAGUCCGCUCUACUGUUAUUUGAAGAAGACCCAAUUAUUUUAAUUCAUUGGCUCCUUUGCUGAAGUUUGCCAAAGGAGAGCAUUUGCUCUGAUUCCCCACAGUGAAAAGAAAAUAAUUUUACAGGGAUUCUGAGUAACCAGUGUUAUGAAGCUUGCUAGGUUGUGGACUGAUGGUUGUUCUAGAAAGAAGAGAAAAACUGUCCACUGUCCCCGUGGCAGAAAUUUCCCUGUUCCCACUUCACACAGCAGCUACUGUAAGUACCAAGUGUACAUAACUUAACAGUCAUAACAUAACUCAACACCUAUGUAUGCCUGCCUGGCAACUCUGACUGGGACACACUUUCCCAUGUAUGUGCGUGCACUGUAAAUGCAGACAGUGUGCAUAUAAUUGUUUCACACAUUAUGCAGCAGGAAAUGUGUACUUAAAUACCCUAGAGAAGCCUUAGCCAUCCUAGCCAAACAUCUUUCUGCAAUACAUAUGCAAACCCUCUGUCACAUUCAAAGGUUAGCUUUAUUGGGUAAAUGGAAACAUUUUCUCAAAUAUCCCUUAAAACCACAACGUGUGAAGCAACCCAAGAUAUACCUAUGCUACUCUGUUCAGUCCUUAUAGUCCCACCCAGCUAAAAAAAAGAAGUUGUAACUAAAUUCCAUGGAAGAUAAUGGAUGGUGCCCUUUAGUCCUGGCUUUUAAUGUGAUUAAAGGCCUAAUUCUGAGGCAGCAAACAUGUGCCUGGGUGGUACCACUACAUGUGGCAUAUUGGAAAGAACGUUUCCUCAUCCAAGAAAAGAAAAAGAAAAGAGAAAACAAAAGUUUCCCACAAAUAGGAAAGCAGUGGAAAGGCUGGAGCCCUUCUUUGUAAUAUCUAGUUUUCCAUGUGCUUGGAAUUGAUUUGUAUGGCAGGGCCUUCCAUGAGGUGAAGGGCCUUUUGCCAUCUGAAGAGUUUACCACCUCCCCGAGGUACAGAUGUCAGGUUAUAAUUAACUACAGCUGGAUUUGGGGCCUUAAUUAAUUAAUUAAUUUUAUAGGAAACAUGGGCGUGAUCUCUGAGCACACCUUUGUGCCUCUGCUGCUGACACAACUUGCUUCACACGCUUCUUUAUCUUCUUUAAUGGAAGGGCUGCCAUACUAUAGUAUACUACGGUGCCAUACUAUUUUUACUGUACUGUAAUUAUUUGUAUGGUUUUACUAGAAUAUAUAGAAGUGUGUGUGUUCUAAUUCUAUCAAGGUCAAAUUGUUUUUAAUGAUUGUUUCCCCCCUAUGUUUCCAACUGCUCUUAUUUUUUAUCUGUAAGUCACCAUGAGUCCCUGUCAGGAAGAAAGGCAGGGGUGGUGGUAAUGAUAAUAAUAACAAGAACCCGUCCCCCUUGUCUUGCAGCUGUGGACAGAAAACAAGCCUCCAGCCCUGGGGGCAAAACCCCAGCAGACUCCCUGGCAGCCACCAUCCACGGACUUUCUGCCCCAGCCUCCUCAUCCUAGAAGGAGAAAGAGGCGGGAAAUGGCGUCUGAGGCGAAGGCAGCUUGGAGGGGGCAAAGAGCCUGAGCAACUCUUCCCCACCCCCCUGCAAAGCGAGGUUUGAGGAGAGGAGAAGCUGUGGCCGUUGACAAGGCCCCAACCUGACUGGAUCGCAGACCAGAGCUCCUUGGCGGGCUGGGUGGCUGGGGUGAGGGUAUUGAGCCCAAGGAGAGGGGUAUAUGGGCGAAAACCAACCAACCACAAAUGCUUUGCCACCGCCACCUUUUCUGUGAGUCUCAGAUGAAGGCACACACCAUUGGAUUUGUACCCCUGAGGGCAAGGGGGAAUCCCCAAGAAAACAUUAUUGGUCACUGGCUGCAGACAUUCAAAUGCCCAACUGAGAUGAGGAAAAUAAAAGAAUUCUAAAGGGCAACCGAUCUUUUCCCAAGACAUCUGAUUCAAAAUAAAAGACAGUUUUAUGGGUUUUAGUACCCAAAGUUUACUGCUUCGUAGUCCGGCUGGCCAACUCUGCAACUCUGACUUCACCUCACAGCAGGGCUCGCUUUUUCCUUCGGAUGGGUCUGGCCUCAAAGUGUCAUUGUAGCACUUUUUCUUUUGGACAAAAAUGAAUCAUUGAAAAAUAUUUCCCUAUAUUUGAGAAAUGCAUUCUCACAAACAAAAAAGAAUAGUAUCCCCAAUUUGUGUCUUUUACAAUCUUCCUCAUCAAAAGUUAGGCAAAAUGAACAAAGGUGGAUCUAUAUUCUUUUUGAAGGAGCAUUCCAUCCCCUCUUCUUUUUUAAUUUAAUUGUGAUGCGUUUUGGUACUGGCAAUGUGAGCAAAAAGGCAUGUUUUCAAAACAUGAGGUGGCAAGAGAAACCUUGCUCUGGGCUUGCGGAUGCAGGCACAUAGGUUCCCCUCUCUUCUCCAAGGCUUUCUACCCCCCCCCCACCGUCCCGUUGACUCUAUGCUGUGAAAGCCCUAUUUUUGCCAGUGUAUACAUGCCUCUAACCCCUAGUGUAAAAGGACAAGUCUGUAUUGAUCUUCUCUGAUUUUAUAUUUUUAUAGCAAACAAAUAAAAGAUGGAC